CCCAGCACAACCAUCCUAGCUAGACUCAUCUCCGGCGAGCGACUCACGAGGGCGUCCAUCUCGACCUUCGUGCUCAACUUCGAGGAAAGGAUGGCAGUGCACUACAAGUACAGCAGCGCCCGUGGCACGUUCUCCCUGCCCCUUGCCGCGCCUUCCAUCUCCGUCGGCGACCUGAGGCGCCUUAUCAUGGAGACAGGCCGCUCUGGUCAUGGCCGGACACGCGGCCGGGGUCCCAGGGAGACCAUAACGAUCUCCAACGGGCAGACCCUUGAGGAGUACGCGGACGACAACGCAUUGGUCCUGCGUAACUCGACGGUGGUGGUGGCGCGCCGAGUGGCUGGGCCUCCGGCCGAUACCAUCGUGGCUAGGCCAUACGACGAACCCCCUCUAUGCCCGAGAUCGAGGCAAGUCGGCGGUGAUCCAUCCUCGUACUCGGCCAUGAGGUCGGCCGGAACAGAGGAGGACGAGGCUAAGGCUAUCAGCGCGGUGAUCGACGGCGCGGAACCAAAGUGGGAGGGCUCCUAUGAUCACCGUGGAGCAGCGCACAACGGGCGGGCGCCGCCGGCCGGGUACGUGUGCCACAGGUGCCGCGUCCCGGGCCACUUCAUCCAACACUGCCCCACAAACGGCGACUCGAGAUUCGACUUUGGAGGGACUCCCGUGGUUGCCCCUCGGCCGGUCGACGAGAGCAACGACGACGGCUUCCCGGCGGAUCUCCACUGCAAGAUUUGCAAGGAGGUGAUGGCCGACGCGGUGGUGGCGAGCAAGUGCUGCUUCGGCAGCUUCUGCGGCCGGUGCAUCAGAGCGCACAUCGUCGCCAACUCCAAGUGCGCUUGCGGGGCCAAGGCGAGCGCGGACGAUCUGGUCCCCAACCUCACGGUGCGCACCACCAUCUCCAACAUUCUCGCCGCCAGGGCCAGCAGCUCUUCAGGUGGAGCAGAGAAGCAGAGGAGCUCCGUCUCAAGCAACGAGGUCGCGGCGUCCACGCAUCAGACUCAAAGUCCGGCAGCAUCGCAGGGGAGCAGCAGCAUGAGCAGCCACGCGUCUUCCAAGAAGGGCGCCACCUUGGAGUCGGAGCACAGCGAGUACGCAAGCAAAUCGACGUCGGCUCCAGCGGCGCACGAGCCAAGGAAGAAGCAGGAGACAACGGACACAGCGGCCAGCCAUGUCGAUCAUCAACACGGCUUCAGCGUUCCCUUCGCCCCGGCGUGCUACGAUCCUUUUUUUGGUGGGAUGCCGUGGUCGGCUGAUCCUUCCAUGUACUACGGCCACGCCGGCAUGCCCUACGCUUACGGUGGCGGUUAUCCGAUGGGGUCGCACCAUGUCAACGCCAUGGGAGGCAACAUGACAGUGCCACCACCUACGCGGAAUGACGGCGGGCCGUAUGGCUACCCCGGCAGGAAGAGGACGAGCACAGAUUAUGAGGAUCAGAGCUUCAAGAGAAGGUGCGGUGGAGGCAGAUCACAGGCCGCGUUAGUUUUGACGUAGUACAAGCUAGCUGCCGCCCAACUGCCCAAUGCAGAGAUUCUGAUAGGUUUUGUUGACUUUUCUAGUGAUUCAAAUGCCUUGUAAUGUAUAACCGGUAGUACUGGUUUAUGAUUUAAAGAGCUGCAGGCCCUCGUGUCCUUUGUUUUUCUAUGUAAUUUGAUUUUAGUGAUCAUCAUGAGGUGCACCGAACUUAGGUGUAGCCACUACCUUUUCAAUAAAAACAAAUGU